AUGUGUUUGCGGGCUGGCCGUGACUACCGUAACUCUGUAACACUAUCGUUGUCUCCAGACACUACUUCUUGUUUUGUAGUUGACCACGAUCUGACCAUCCCACGUAUGGGUAGCUACUUGCACCAAAAUCUUGGUGGCUUCAUGUGCUACAUCUGUCUUAAAAAGCCGCGGAUUUUUAACCCUGCCACCAGACAACUUGUCACCUUACCCGCCGCCAUCAAACCUAUACCAGCUCCUCCAGAUGAAGCUGCUCUAAAAGAAGUCCAGUACUAUUUCGGACACGACCCUCUUACCGACCAGUACAAAGUGGUCUGCUCAACUGGUGUCUACUUGAACAAUCCGCUACCAGUGGGGAUAAGACCAAUAAGGUCAGAGCAUCGGGUCUUUGUCCUAAAACCUAGAGGAGGAGGAGGCUCUUGGAAAAAGUUGGCUCCUCCAACUCCACCGAGCUUUCUUCCUCACAUUCCGAGCCACGGAGGAGUGAGUAUAGAUGGAGUUAUAUAUUAUCUGGGUUGGAUUAAUACGCGAAGAUCUAUGCUUGUGAGUUUCCACAUUAGAUCCCAAGACUUCAAAAUGAUCCAGUUACCUCUCAGGGAGGAGAAUGUAAAUCGCGUGGAGAAGGUGAGUCUUAUAGAGUAUGGUGGCAAAGCAACUAUCGUUGACCAAACCAAUCUUAAAAACAAGGGUAUGCUGGAUUUAUGGGACGUCGAUGAGAAGAAGAAGUGGUCGAAGAAGACUCUGGUUUUGAAGCCUUCUCAGCUGCAUCUGGUCAAUAACACUGAAUUCAGUCUCAAAGGUACAACUCAAGAUGGCAAAGUUUUCUUGAUACCAAAGGUUUUGGUUUCUCCCUUUCACAUUCUCUCUUAUGAUCUUCGAAGCAAUGAUUUGAGAAAGAUCGAUAUCAAAGGUGUACCGGAGCACUGGUUUAGUAAGGACAAAUCCACCGUUAGGGUGAUGCUGGCGGAACAGAGUGAGAGUCUCGUGUCCUUGGAGACUUGA